CAUAUACUACAGAAACAAAACCAAACAGAAAAAGGUCGAUUCUCUCUCACAAAUCUUUCAGGCUUGUUUCUUUGAAAAGUCAUGCUACCUACGGCCAACCACCAACAAAAUUCCCUUUCUGCUCCUCCCCUCCCUGGCAAACCCCACUAUAAACCCUUGUCUGUGCACACUAAACCCUUCACCGGUGACAUGAUCGAUCCUUCGUUGGGUCCAAUGCGAAUCGAUGGAUCGGAAGAGGACUUAGUCCUCUCCAAGUCCGAAUAUCUGACCCGACCCGAAGUGCUAAAACGCCGUUCUCUCCGGGCCAAGCAACUGAACCGGAUAUACCGGGACCAUUACUGGGCGUUAAUGGAGGAGCUCAAAAUCAAGUACAGAGAGUACUGCUGGGAGUAUGGUAAAAGCCCUUUUCAAGACGAUGGAGAGAACGAGAAAAUCAAUUCGAAUCGCCGGGAUGGAACAAGAUUAUUCCAAGAGAAUGAUAAUGGGACUGGUAAUAAGUAUGGAAACCCAGGGGUUAAUAAUGGGAAUAAUAUUGUUAAUAGGUGUGGGGUUCAUGGUUGCAAGGCGAAGGCCAUGGCAUUGACGAGGUUUUGUAAUAUGCAUAUACUGUCUGACUCGAAGCAGAAGUUGUACAAGGCUUGCAAUUUCUCCAUUAAGAGUUCGCCUACAGGACCUAUACUUUGCGGGAAACCAAUACUAAGAUCAAUGGUUCCUUCUUAUUGCCCUCUUCACUUUCAAAAGGCUGAAAAGCACGUCGCACGUGCUUUGAAGAAGGCAGGUCUUAAUGUCUCUUCGACAAGUAAGCUUGCUCCCAAGUUCCAUGUGGUAGCUGCAGAAUUUGUCCACCAAAUUCAAAGCAAGAGAAGUGCACAAAAGGCUACUUCAGGAAGUGCUGAGGUUAAGCAGGAGAAUGUUUAUUAAACCUCUAGGUAAUGCAAAUGUGUAUUUAGUACCAAUGUAUUUUUACAGCGAGAAAGUUUGUGAACCACAAAUAGUAGAUUGGAGUAGAAACUGUAUCAGCAUUACAAGAACAGAAGAACUUCAUAUGGGGCACAGACCUGUGGCUUGAAUUAUUGAUUCUUGUGCAUAUUAAAGUUAUCAUGUCUUGAUUUAUCUGUACUUUUGUCUUCAAUGUACUUUUUACUUAGUAGGAAUGUGCUCUUUGAUGCAUGCACCAGUCUGUAAA